AUGACUCAAACAGCCAUCGAGACUGAGAAUGCCGCUAUAGAUUUGUCUUAUCAUGGUGAUGAUGACGAUGAUGAUGACGUUGCCGAACCAUCUUCUAAAGCCCAAGGUUCAAGUUCAGCCACUAAAAAGGCUAUUGUUAUAGACGAUGAGGGUGUGGCAUCAGCUGCACAAGAAGAAGAAGAAGAAGACGAGGGACAAGUGGGUCCUACUCCUAUUGAAACGUUGAUUGGUAACGGUAUUACCAACAGUGACAUUAAAAAGCUCCAGGAGUCAGGAUUUUACACUGUGGAAUCCAUAGCUUACACUCCGAAAAAACAACUGAUUAUAGUCAGAGGUAUAUCAGAUCAGAAGGCCGAUCGUUUGAUCACCGAGGCCAGUAAGAUUGUCCCAUUGGGAUUCACUACUGCCACAGAGUUUCAUCAUCGGCGGGCCGAGUUGAUCACUCUAACCACGGGAUCCAAACAGUUGGAUACACUUUUAGGUGGAGGCAUUGAGACAGGAGCAAUUACUGAAGUAUUUGGUGAAUUUCGUACUGGUAAAUCACAGUUAUGCCAUACUGCAGCAAUAACAGCACAACUUCCUGUUGACAUGGGAGGAGGAGAGGGUAAAUGUCUUUAUAUCGAUACAGAGGGAACUUUUAGGCCUGUUCGACUGGUUUCCAUCGCUAGACGUUUUGGUUUGGAUGAAAAUGAGGCUCUUGAUAACGUCGCAUAUGCAAGAGCGUAUAACGCGGACCAUCAGAUGCAACUUCUUAAUCAGGCAGCUCAAAUGAUGUCACAAUCGCGUUUCUCGCUUCUUAUUGUUGACUCUAUCAUGGCGUUGUAUAGAACUGAUUAUAGUGGUCGUGCUGAAUUGAGUGCCAGACAAAUGCAUGUCGCAAAGUUUAUGAGAAUGCUUCAAAGAUUGGCUGAUGAGUUUGGUAUCGCUGUUUUGAUUACCAAUCAGGUUGUUGCUCAAGUUGAUGGAGGUGCUAUAUUUAAUCCGGAUCCUAAAAAGCCCAUUGGUGGUAAUAUCGUCGCACAUUCAUCCACUACCCGUCUCUAUUUCAAAAAGGGCAAAGGUCGCAACAGAAUUUGUAAGAUCUAUGAUAGUCCGUGCUUAGCAGAGACUGAAACUGUAUUCGCUAUUGGUGAAGGAGGUAUUAUAGAUCCUACAGAUGAAACCGAGAACAACGAAGAUCAAUGA